AUGACUAUAACUCAUCCAAUUCAAACCAUUCUAUCUAGAAGCGAUGGUAAACUCUUCUUUAUCGUGGUGAAAAACAUGAUUUUAGCGUUAAAGACUACUGAUAAUAAAAACUAUUCUAUUUGUGGUAAAUGGGUUGAUGAUUUAGAUAGAACUCCAUUUUUGAAACAAAAUGUAUUGAAAGAACAAGCUCGUCAAAUAGCGGCCAAUGAAGAAGCUGGUAUCAGCAAAAAAAUAAAAAAAAAUGAUGGUGCCUCUUCACCUGCUUCUAUAAUAAAAAAGGAAGCCAAAGUUCCUGUACCAGGUUCAGGAGCUCCACAGAUUUAUCUACAAAUUAGAAAUUUAGCUCUAUCAAGAGAUGAGACUAAAUUGUACGCUUGUACUGAUUCUGAUAAAGCUAUUGUGGUAUUUAAAAUUGAUCUAACUACCAAUGAAAAUUGUUUGGAAUUAGUUAAAAGACAACCAUAUCCUAAGAGGCCGAAUGCUAUUACUUCAACUUUAGAUAGCAAAUCAAUUGUUAUGGCUGAUAAAUUCGGUGAUGUCUAUGAUAUGCCACUUGAAGGAGAUGUUGUGGACAAUGUAGAAGAAUUAAAUCCAAUUUUAGGUCAUGUUUCCAUGUUAACAAACGUUCUUGCUUCACAAGAUUCAAACGGGAAAAACUAUAUUAUUACAAGUGAUAGAGAUGAGCAUAUAAAAAUAUCGCAUUACCCUCAAACUUUCAUUGUUAAUAAAUGGCUUUUUGGUCAUGAAGAAUUUGUUUCUUCUUUAGUUAUUCCUGAUUACAAAACAAAUUUAUUAUUUAGUGCAGGUGGUGAUCAUUCUAUUUUUAGUUGGGAUUGGGAAAAGGGAACAUUAUUGGACAAAUUUGAAUAUUCUCAAACAAUUAAACCAUAUUUAACUGAUAGACACCUGGCUCCAGAAAGAUUUCAAAAUGAAACCAAUGAUUCGAUUGAAUAUGCUGUUGUAAAUAUUACAACUUUCAAAAACUUGCCAUAUCUUGCCUUUUUCGUUGAAGCUACACCUUUAUUAAUUAUCUUAAAGGUUCAAAAUGAUGGUAAAUUAAGUUUUUUCCAGGAUAUUAAAAUGUCUAAUAACAUCAUUUCCUUAUCAUCUGUUUAUACAACAAAGAAUAUUCCAACAUUUGCUGUAACACUUGAUGCUACCGAGCAAGCUGGUAUGCCUACCCUAGUAGAAUUAGCAGAAUUCGAUGAAGCAAACAGUAGAUUUAUCAUUUCAAAAGAUGUUUGUGGACCAUUAAAUAACUUCAUUAUUGACACACUAAAAGAUGAUAAAAUUGCACAAGUCGAAAAAUCUUCUAUUUUCCCAUUAUAUACUGUCAUAAAUCUGAAAAAGCAUGGUGAGCAUUAUUCAUAG